AUGGGAAGUACUCCGACCCCAACAGUAACUCGGAGUAAGAGUGGUAUUGUCAAACCUCGACAACAACUCUGUCUUCAUACGUCUGUAGUCUCUCCUCUUCCCUUAUCUCAUAUACAGGCAGCUAAGGAUCCAUACUGGAAUGGGGCCAUGAGCGAGGAAUAUAGCUCUCUUAUUAAAGCACGAACGUGGGACUUAGUUCCGUGGCAAGUCGCUACUAACAUUGUUCGCUCUCUUUGGAAUUACAGGCACAAAUUCAAUGCAAACGGGGAGCUUACUCGCCACAAAGCAAGACUCUGUGCAAACGGGAAAUCUCAGGAGCUAGGCGUUGACUGUGAUGAAAUGUUUAGUCCAUUCGUUAAACCAGCUAGUGUAAGAACGGUUCUUCAUGUCGCUGUUGCAAAAGAUUGGCCUCUACAUCAGCUCGAUGUAAAGAAUGCUUUCCUCAAUGGCGAUCUUGAAGAGACGGUUUACAUGCACCAGCCACCAGGAUUCGUGGAUCCAACCAAACCAGAUCAUGUAUGCCUCCUACGGCGCUCUCUCUCUACGGCUUGA